UCAGAAAAUAGUUUGACUUUUUGAUUUCUGAAAAUCAAAACUUAAAAAUUUUCACGCUAAAAUGGAAAUUAAUUUAGCGCUUAUAAAAGCAAUUCAAAAGCACCAAAAGUUGUAUGACAAAACCGGGUCGUUGGAGGAAACAAAACGAAUUUGGAAACAACUGGAAGCAGAAUUUCAAACGGAAGAUAAAUGGCUAAAGGCCCGCUGGGAUUGGUUGGUUCAAAGUUUUUGUGACAAACCAGGGUUCAAAUAUGGAAAUGAUAUGUCUUAUUUGUUACCACAUCUCGGUAUUGUGGGUAUUAAAACAAGACGUGAAUGGCCACAUUCAAUAGUUCCAAAAUCUGACGGUUUCAGUGACGAUGAGGUAAAAGUAGACAAAAAGCAUUCCAAUAUGCGUUUCACAAAAAAGGAACUAUUUCCGGAUUCUAAAACUGAUGAUGACCUGGACGAUUUUAUGAUUUUCGAUGAAUGUCGUACAAUUUAUGCAGAAAUGUUUGAAAAUAAGCCGCUGGAAUUAAUGGACACAGUUGAUGGAAGUGAUAAACAAGAGAUUGUCGAGGCAAAUGGUGAAGUGUUGGUAUCUGAGGAGGACAGGAGGACACUACCAUUUACAGAGUCUGAGAUAUAACUACUUAAAUGUCGAAAAUGCAAAUUUUUAAAACCUCAAU